ACUAAAUGGACUAUUUUUGACUGAGGAUCAAUUCAAUAUAUCUUUUAUAUAUCGAAUAUAUCCAGACUUAAAUAUUUUAAUGAUUCAGUCAUUAUAAUAUCAUGAUUUAAAUCAUACUUUAGUUACACACGCGCAAAUUAAAAGUUUCACAACUUCAGAGGAGAUGAAAUCCUGCAGCCGGAGCCCGGGUUCUGAACGCCUCAAACAUCAGGCUGCUGCUGCGACCCUCCCACCACCGCUGAUGUCAAAAUCAAUUUAAUUUCUUGAACCAGGAGGAAUUGCAUCUGCACAAAAAAACAACCUGUUCUAACUCAUGUCACUAAUUGUUCAUUCCGCACGUGAAGCGUGUCACGAGGUCCGAACCCUCGCGGUGACCACGGCGCCGCCGCCUGUGAUCUCUCUCCACAUCAGCUGUUCAUCGUCUGCACAGCCGGUUGCGCAACAGUUGAAAGGCGACGGACUGGAAGCGUUGACGCUGCUCUGCGUCUUUAAAUAGAGGAAGAGUGGAAAAAAGAAGGACCAGAGGGUACAACUGGUACAAACAAUGGGUGGCGGAGGACGGUGAGAAGACGGCGGAGGCACUCUCUUUAAAAUAAACACCCGGUGAGGUCGCUGCCAUUAGAGACACUCAGCCGGGGAUGAAGCGAGGAGAGAAGGACGUUUAUGACUCUGUUGUCGGCUCCAACCCUCCGGACGGAGCGAGGCAAUGUGCCCGCGGAGAGAUGGAAGUAAAGCAAUGUUCUCUCCUACCGCGAUGCAUCAUUGUUACGGUGCCCUCGAGCAAGGCAUGUAUCUCUCUUAUCUCUGCAGUAGACGACGGCGGGGGCAAAGGGAGAUUACGGGAGGGAGACUUAACGCCGGCAAAUGGCCUCCACUCUCCUCUGGAGGAAAGGGUUGUUAGAGCAACUCCAGGGUGAUGAACUCUAGAAAAUAAACAUACACGACUUCCCUCAUGAAGAGAUGCGGAUGGAACUUAAAACUCCUGAUCACAGAUCAAUAAAUCUACAGAUUCCUCUGUGGAUUGUUUAAGUCGUGAAACGUUUUCUUUUGGCACUUUUGAACAUUUCAUUUCAUAUUUUCAUUUGUUUUAAUCUUUAUUUAAAAGGGGACUAUGUACAGUAAAAAACAUAAAUGUCACCAUUUGAUGCACCGCCAGAUUGUAGCUACACAGUUAAUUUGCAUUUCUAGUCCCUUGACAGACCAUAACAAACAAUAAACAAAAAACAUGAACACAAAUAAAACCAUAACAAACAUAAAACAACAAAAACAAACAAAACCAAUAACAAACAUGAAAAACACGAAACAAUAAAGAAUAAACAAACAAUAACAAACAUAAAACCAUAACAAACAAAAUAAACAAAAAAAACCAACAAACAAAAACCAACCAAACCAACAACAAACAUAAAACAAUAACAAACAUGAAACAAUAAACAAAAGCAAUAUAAAACAAACAUGAACAACACAAAACAAUAAACAAAAAUAACAAACAAACAUAAAACCAUAACAAACAUAAAACAACAAACAAACACCAACCAAAAUAACAAACAUAAAACAAUAACAAACAUGAAACAAAACAAAAUAAAACAAUAACAAACAUAAAACAAUAACAAACAUAAACCAAUAACAAACAGUACAGGAUAAGACACACUACAACAAUUAAUGUAGGAGGAAGAAGACACAAUACACACAAAGUUACAGGCUAAAUACUAUUAAAAGUAAGUAACACGAACCAUAAUAAUGUGUUCAGCCCCCCCCAUGUACUAUAUGUAAUGUGAGAAACAUGCCGCCCGCAACUAUUAACUUGAAUCGUUUUUAAAAUCACACAAAUAAAUAAUCUCACAUCUCUGAGACCGACCCAACGGAGUAAAACCACGAGGGUAGAACCCGAACGGAGACGCCCAUAAGCGCGCCUCAAACUCAACGGGGGGGCUCUCCACAUCCAGAAUAUCUACAAUAUACCCACAACAACAAAAACGAGUGACAGAAAACACGACGGUUUCCUUCAGCUGUUUCGUGAGACGGAUUAAAGGAUGGAAAGAGGAGAAGAACCGAGGAAGAGGAGGAAGAGGAUGACUGGCAGGAUGUUGUGGUGGCUUUGGACAGAAACAGAGCAGUCCAGAUGAAGCUCCACCAUAUGGACUCUCUCAACCACAAUGCCCCCUUACAUAUUCGUUUCCCACCCACCCACGUGUGAUGAUCUCUCCAUCCUUUGCGUAUGAGAGAGAAAAAGAGACUGAAAAGAGGAUAAUUGAGAAGCUCAAAGUCUCUCCAAGUCCCCGGUGGUCCGGUCUCGUGAGUUGAAACUCUAAAUCCUUGGCCUUGACGCGAGUCACCGGCUCGGUCCCGAAGCCAAAAACACGAGUCACGGCAGCCGGCGAGGCGACUUGGACCCACGGGACGCCUCCUGAGCGAUGCGACGUCAUGAACCCCAAAGGCAUCCUCGUUAUUAUAUAAAAGGUGUCGAGUGCAAGUACAAGUUUAUUUAGUCAAACCUGGUGUUGGAAAUGCUUUGAAGUGAAGGAUUUGAGAUAAUUUGACCUUUGACCUUUGUGUUCAUUACAGGACAGACGUUCUUUUCUCGCGUUCGAUGCUCCGGUUGGAACGCAGGGAUCAGCCUCUAUAACAUAGUAGAGAAAAUACCAAGAGAUACCCGUAAAGUGACGAUUUGUAAUGUCUGUGACGUAAAGAAUGUGCUUAACUUUCCUGCUGGUUCAAAUUCAACUUUUCAUUUAAAACGAGUCAAAGUGACUCUGUGGCGCCAUCUGGUGGCGUCUGACUGCAUCGCGUGUACGCAUGAAUUAAGAGAUAUUCAAAAACAGUGUGUGAACGAAAAGGUAGGAAAUAUGAAAACCGAGGGAUGUCGCAACCUCUUUUAAAUUUUAUUACAAUUUUUAAUUAAAAUUGUUGUCAUUUAAAAUGUUUUAUCUUGUUUUUUGUUGUUUUUCAGUGAAACUAAAGAAAAAAAAUCCAAACAAACUAAAAAAACGAAGGAUGUCAAAUGAAUGAUGGACUAAAUAAAAUAAAGGGAGGUUAUUCUGGGACAGAAAAUAUACACAAAAUACUGUAUUUGACAGGUCGCAUGCUCAAUCUUUCUCGACAUCUGCCACAUCUUCCUGGAUGUCUUUCUCACCCCCCCACAGGAGACCCACCUGUGCUCUAUUGUCAGGUCACAAGUUGAAGCGAAAGCCAAUCCUCCCGUGUGGGAAGAGGCCAGAAAAGUGGGGGGGGGGGGGGGGCUAUUUAAAGACGGCCUCCGAUAAUGAGGGGGCUCUCGGGUGGACUCUGGAGCCGUGUUCUCUUUCAUCACACACACACACACACACACCAUAAUUUCCUUUACACACCUGUCAACAGCCACAAUAAAUACACAUACAGCUGUAUCUGGCAUCAAGGGGACGAAGGGAAAUGCAUUAUCUCAGAUAAUAAAAAAGCAUCUCUCAGGUUGUUGUAUCUGCCAACAAAUAUAAAAUUAGACAAACGGGUCGUAAACGACAUCCAGAAACCAGGCGUUCGGUUUAAUUCUAAGAGGCCCGUUCUGGAAAAUCCUUUAUAUCUCUGGGGUUGAAACAGCCGGCCGUGGCUCCUCUUUCUGCCAGCCAGUGUUUAUUAAUAAACCGAAACAGAAUUAAGGUAGCCAUGGCCACACAUAGCAGCACGUUGAGAGAGAGAGAGAGAGAGAGAGAGGCUCAACAGUCUUAAGAUCAUCUGCUCUCACUUCUCCCGCUCACUCUUUGCGUUGUUGCCGGAGCUUCGAGUCGUUUCACCCCGAGGAUAACGGCCACGAGGGCGGAGGAGACGAGCUGGUUCCGGUCUCAAGUAAGUGCAAAUCGAAUAUUUCGUGUUCACAAAUGGUCGAAUUUCAAUUAGAUGGCGAAACCGCAAAAAUAUAAUUCAAAAAGCCAAAGAGUCAACUUCCAGAUGAACUCACUCGCUCACUAAUUUCGCAACUUAGGAAGCUGGAAGAAAAAAGGAAAAAGUUGUUUCAAGAAGUUAAUCGUUCCCGAAUGUUCAGAAAAUAUGGUCCGGAGCCGUCUUUGUCCAAAGUGACGAGCCGGCAGCGAGACAGCUGGUGUGGAGUGAGCCGUGCACGGAGCACAACACCAAGGCUCCAGCACUCAGCAUUACUUAUUCAUGAUCCGACCUAUUUGAGCACAAACGGCGAGCUGGAGCUCGAGCGUGGCGAGGAAAACGGCCGCUGUGACGUGGAUGUCACGCUCCUGCCGUGGCCCCGUCUACACGACCCGUCGAUUUGAUCGGUUCAGUCUCCCGGACGGCUCCUGGCAAAUCACCCCAACGGGUGAAAUUACAGCUUCAUUAUUCCCCAGGGGGAGGAGAGUGGGAACGGCCGCCCGUCCGCACAAUGACACGUCGGGGGCGAGCCGCUGUAAUCCUCGCGAUGCCGCUCGUUGGCCGUGUUCAUCAGAGUUGGUGUUGUGGCUCGUACGAGGUGCGGUCCCGAUCGGUUCGGUCGCGGUGGCAUCCGGCCUUUCGCCGGACAGCUGCUUGUGCUGAUGACAUCUGCAUACCUCGCGCAGGCGUCUGGACAGAAAUAUUAACCCAGCUCCUCUGUCGUUGGGUCAUCAAGUGCCCGGACGAGGGGGCGGGGGGGAUUUUCUGUCAUGUUGAAUGUCCAGACGUCGGACUUCGGAUCGGAAGAUUGAGGGUUCCUGUCCCUUCGUGCUUGUAAGCUCCAGGUUGAUGAGAUGUCAAAAGGACGGGCAAUAUUGCUGCAAAAACGUGCGUUGAUUGGGCGACUCUUUCAAAAAGGGGGUUGGCGGUUCAAUCCUCGCCCUAGAUUUAGAUUCAGAUCCAACUUCAUCGAGUAAAGGCACUGGGGCAACGAAACAGAGUUUUACAUCUGACCAGAGUGCAAAGAAGCAGGAUACCAUCAAUCAAAAAUCUAAAAUGCAGUGCAGUCAACUAUAUAUAAACAUGUGCCAACAGCAAACAAACAGCAACCCAAAGGCCAAAAGGUGCAAGUGACUAUAUUUAGACAUUUAUCCGCGCCCUAGUGGAUGUGUCCUGGAGCAAGACGCUUAACCCUGAACUCCUGGAGCUUGUAAGUCGCUUUGGGUAAAAGUGAUGAUAUGAAAUGCAGAAAUGAAAAGUCUGAUCAUAUCCGUGUGCUUUUGUCCAGGGUGGAUGAGACGGCGGUGAAGAGGAGAGGCUCCUACGACGAGAGUUCGUCGAAUCCGAUGGAGGGCGGAACCAUUUCACCUGGGUUCGGUCCUCCUUUCAUCCAAGAAGAGGGCGUCGCCGCGGCGGAGAGGAUCCUCUCGGAACAAAGAGAGCGCGGCGCCGCGGCCCGAUCCGGACUCGCCUUCGAGGGCCCGCCGCCCGACCCGCUGGCUUCGAUGGAGCCGUACUUGCAGGAGAUGGACGAGCUGCUGAACGGCUGCGAGGAGCUCGUCGGGCGUCCGUUCGGCUCGCGCUUCUCCGCGAGUCGCGGCGAAACUCGGGCGGACGCGUCGGAGGGCUGCGGAGAAACGAGCGCUUCUCUUCGGGGGCGUCUUUACGCGAGCUACGCGGACGGGCCGGGGCGCGGCGUGACCUCGGCGGCGAUGCCUCUCACGUCGGCGGGGAACCGACUGAGUGAAACCAUGGUGGAGUACGAGGGUCAGCUCCUGGGCAUGCUGGCCAUGCUGGAGAGCUCCAUGGGGGGGGAGUCCGGGAUGGACUUUGAGCCCCAAGGCCGGGAGUACGCGCACGUCCGUGAGAAUCCUCGCCUUCGCAGGGGGACCACGCAAGGGAGCGCGACGACGUCGGAGACCCGGGCGACGCACCCGGGGUCGUGGGGCGGUCCGGGUGCGGGGGGAGGCGGAGCCUCCGGGGAGACGGGAAGCGAGGCGACACCGGGGGAUUUGCCGAUGAAUGGAGGCCGGCAGACUCGCGGGCUUCUCGGUGGCGACGUGGAUGGAUUCUCAGGGGUUCUUGAUCCUCGGUCGGGGUUCUCAGGGCCAUCGACGCCAUUCGAUUGCGCGGGAGACGAUCCGAUGUGCUGCGAGGCGACAGAGGCGGGAUCGGGGCGCGCGACCGCUCGCGAAGGAGACGCGUCCGGGAUCGAAGUGGACGACGGCGGCGGCGAAGAGCUCAAGAUGGACACCGCCGAUUUGGAAUCUGGCGCGAACGAUUUAGGCGCCCUGGGGUGUCAGAUGGAGGCGUGCAUAGAGGAGGUGCAGCGGUUAGAGAGGAGGAGGAAGGAGCUGCUGACGGAGGUGCUGGAGUUGAGAGGGGCUAAAGACAGAGGGGAGGCCGUGGAAGAGGAGGAGGAGGAGCCGAUUGACGGCAAAGUGGUCAAGCUGAUGAACGCAUUCAAGAGGGAGGAAGAGGGGAGGAGAGCGGAGAGGACGAGAGAGAUCCAGAGCUUGAGGGAGGAGAGAGCGGAGGAGGAGAGGACGCUGUGGAAGGUGAGCCUGGAGAGGCAGGAGCUUCACGGGGAGCUGAGGACCCUGAGGAGGAGGCUGUUCGCCGCGGCGAGGGACUGCGCUCACAACCAGGCCGCCCUGAACACGCAGCGCCGCGAGGUGGAGCAGCUGCGGGGGGAGGAGGAGAAGCUGCAGGCGCUGGUGCUGCAGCUGACGGAGGAGGGCUCGCGGCUGCGGGCGGCUCGGCAGCGGCAGCUCUCGGACCUCCAGGCGGCGCUUCAGGCCCAGACCUGCGGUCAGACCUCCAACGCCCAGGACCAGCUGAGCGAGUGCAGGAGGCACUCGUACGGAGACGUCCAGCAGUAUCUGCAGGCGGGGCUCAAAGCGCUAGAGGACAGGUAUGAACCCAUCUUGCUCACGUUGAUCAAGAGGAGGGAGGCGACGGCCGCAGCGCUGCUGAAGGCCAGGGAGCACGCCCGGGAUCUGAGGGCCCAGCUGAGGCCCCUGAAGGAGGAGAUCCAGCAGCUGACCCUCCAGAGGGCGUGUCUGGACGACAGACUCAAACUCAUCGCCUUCCAAUGGAGAGAGGAUGUGGGGCAGUGCAAGGUGAGCGAGACGUGGAAAGAGAAGGCGGCCGAGCGACGGCGGUCGGGUCCGGUGGCGGAGCGCCGGGCUCACGCUGCUCCGUCCUCGCAGGAGACCGUGUCCUUCCUGGAGGACAGCGGCAGAGUGCUGCAGACGGAGCUGCGGAUCCAGAAGAGGAACACCAGAGAGAUGGAGGAGCUGCGAGACGGCCUGAACAAACAGCUGCUCCUCUACCGGGCAGCCAUCGAGGAGCACAACAAGUCUGACGACGACGAGGAGGAAGAGGAGGACACGAUUGAAUGCUCUUGAUUGAAACAAAUAUAUAUUUUUGAUUUUUAAAACUCUGUAACCAUAAUUUUCAUCUGCAAUAUAUUUAUAUCUGCAUUUUACACACAUGCUUGUGUCUUUCAGAGCGAUCGCUGCAGCCGGCGGAAAGGUUUUUGUUAUGAAUAAAAAGGCUUUGUGUCCCAAAAGUA